UGGGCGAACUAAUUUAUAAUAAUGGCAGGCCCUACCAGGCUGCAGCAUAUUCCAGUCCACUUCGUUAGCUCCUUCGUCGUGGUGAGUUCUAUUUAUAUGUGUCCAUGGCCUGCUCUCGAUAUCUCUUUUCGACUUUAAUAUUCACGCUCUUUUCUAUCUUCGCUAUUCGCUACUUUGUAUACGAUAACAAUUCGUCUCUGAUUCCCCUUCAUCCGAGCAGUACAGAAGCUGUUUUACAGGAUCCUCCUCCAGUAACAAUGUCGGGAAUGAAGUCUGUUGCUUAUUUUGUCAAUUGGGCAAUCUAUGGCCGCAAGCAUGAUCCCCAGGAUGUACCCGCCGACAAGCUCACCCAUGUCCUCUAUGCGUUUGCCAAUGUUCGACCCGAAUCUGGCGAAGUCUACAUGACCGACAGCUGGUCCGACAUUGAGAAGCAUUACCCCUCGGACUCAUGGAACGACGUUGGCACCAACGUGUACGGCUGCGUCAAGCAGUUUUUCCUGCUCAAGCAGCAGAAUCGGAAGCUGAAGGUCCUGCUCUCCAUUGGAGGCUGGACCUACUCCUCCAAUUUCGCCCAGGCGGCUAGCACUGAUGCUGGCCGGACCAAGUUUGCCCAAUCUGCCACCAAGCUGGUGACGGAUCUCGGGUUUGAUGGAUUCGACGUUGAUUGGGAGUAUCCCAAGGACGAAACCGAGGCCCAGAACUUCGUCUUGCUGCUCCAGAGGUGCCGUGAAACUCUGGAUGCGGCAGCUGGGCAGAACCGGAAAUUCCUUCUGACGAUUGCUUGUCCGGCUGGUCCGGACAACUACAAGAAGCUCAAGCUUCCCCAAAUGACCCCUUACCUCGACUUUUACAACCUCAUGGCUUAUGAUUAUGCUGGUAGCUGGGACGCCAAUGCUGGGCACCAGGCAAACCUCUACCCCUCGAGCGACAAACCGGCCUCGACGCCUUUCUCGACCAUCCAGGCGGUCAACUACUAUACGCAGGAGGGCCAGGUUCCUGCAUCCAAGAUCAUUCUGGGGAUGCCCUUGUAUGGACGCGCCUUCACCAACACCGACGGACCUGGUACGCCGUUCAAUGGCGUGGGCGAGGGUAGCUGGGAAAAGGGUGUCUGGGAUUACAAGGCCCUUCCUCGACCAGGAGCCACGGAAUCCAUCGACCACAAUGUCGGAGCGUCGUGGUGCUACAACGGGAGCGAUCGCACGAUGGUCUCCUACGAUAACGUGGCCAUGGGUGAAAUGAAGUUGGAUUUCAUCAGGCAGCACCAGCUUGGUGGCGGUAUGUGGUGGGAGACUAGCGGCGACAAGGGAGGCAAAGCGGCCAACAAGGCCGACGGCAGUCUGAUUGGAACCUUUGUUGAGGGUGUUGGAGGACCGUCCGCCCUGGACCAGUCGGCCAACGCGCUCGACUACCCCGACAGCAAGUACGACAACCUGCGGACUGGGUUCAAAUAGACUUCGCCCCGUUGGAUUACGAUACCCGCGCGCGUGCAUCCUUAGGAUUUUCAUUAUUUUGCCUUGUUCUUUAUGAUUAGGAUGAAUACGAUUGUUACA